AUGGCCUGCAAGUGUGACUGCAACAACAAGGAGUGUCCAUGCAAUAACGGUCAGCCAUGCGACUGCUCUGAUUCCAAGUGCUGUGACAAGUAUUGUUGCUCUACUGCUGCUGAGAAGAAGUGCUGCAAAUCAGGAUGUGCUGGAGGAUGCAAGUGCGCAAACUGUGAUUGUGGCAAGAAGGAGAAGAAGGGAUGCAAGUGUGACUGCAACAACAAGGACUGUGCAUGCAAUAACGGUCAGCCAUGCGACUGCUCUGAUUCCAAGUGCUGUGACAAGUAUUGUUGCUCUACUGCUGCUGAGAAGAAGUGCUGCAAAUCAGGAUGUGCUGGAGGAUGCAAGUGUGCAAACUGUGAUUGUGGCAAGAAGGAGAAGAAGGGAUGCAAGUGUGACUGCAACAACAAAGACUGCCCAUGCAAUAACGGUCAGUCAUGCGAUUGCUCUGACUCCAAGUGUUGUGACAAGUAUUGUUGCUCUACUGCAGCUGAGAAGAAGUGCUGCAAAUCAGGAUGCGAGGGCGGAUGCAAAUGUACUAACUGUCAAUGCCCAGAGAAGAAGGGAUGCAGAUGCGAUUGUAACAACAAAGAGUGCCGAUGCAACAAGAGCAAGACCUGUGAUUGUACAGCUACUAAGUGCUGUGACAUGUACUGUUGCUCCACUGCAGCUGAGAAGAAAUGCUGCAAGCCUGGGUGUGCCGGAGGAUGCAAGUGUGCCAAUUGUCACUGUGAGAAGAAGAAGGGAUGCAGAUGCAACUGCAACAACAAAAACUGUCCAUGCAACAAUGGUCAGCCAUGUGACUGCACUGCUACCAAGUGCUGUGACAUGUACUGUUGUGCUACCGCAAGUGAGAAAAAGUGCUGUAAGCCAGGAUGUGCUGGAGGGUGCAAAUGCCCAGACUGCAACUGUUCGGAGGGAUCCGGAUGCAAGUGUUGUCAAUAA